CUGCGGCUCAGUCACAACAAGUUCCCCUCUUCGUUAGCGCCUUCGCCCGGGCUGCCAACUAUGGAGCCCCGAAAACCCCGGCCGGACAGUGGAGCGUUUCUUCUUGUUGCCUGAAGCUCCCGUCCGGCGUCCCGGACCCAUCCAGGGUGGGGUUGAGAUCGAGGGAAACUUUUUCUGUCUCUGAAGCACAUGCCUCUCACAGAUUCCCCUAUUUUGCGUCAAGUUCCGACUCGAAGAUCUUCUGCGUUUCUAUAUACUGCUGAUUUGAGUCGAUAGCCAACAGUUUUCGCCAGUUCACCCCCUCUAACCUCGAGGGUUUGUCUCACAAGGAAGACUCGCAUCCAGCCCCGCCAUUGCAUCCCACGCGAUCUGUUGUGAGACAAACCACCUCACCAGCCGCCAAAAUGGUCGAGAAACUCUAUGUCACGUACAACGAUGUGCACAAGCUGUGCCAGGAGUCGGCGCCCAAGAUCCUGGCCGACUUCAAGCCAGAUCUGAUGAUCGCCAUUGGCGGCGGCGGCUACGUCCCGGCGCGGAUCCUGCGCUCGUUUCUCAAGCAGCCCGGCAGCCCCAACAUCCCCAUCCAGGCCAUCGGCCUCUCGCUCUACGAGCGCCUGUCGGGUUCGACCGACGAUGCCGUCGAGGCCCCCGGCACAAAAGUGACGCGCACACAGUGGCUCGACUUCUCGGCGCUGGGCGAGAUGUCCAGCCUGGUCGGAAAGCGCGUGCUGAUUGUCGACGAGGUCGACGACACGCGCACCACGCUCGAGUACGCAGUCAAGGAGCUGCAGAAGGACGUCGAGGAGGCCCGCGCCAAGAUGGGCAGCGAUCUCAAGACCGAGUUUGGCAUCUUCGUGCUGCAUAACAAGGACAAGCCAAAGAAGGGCACCCUGCCUGAGAACAUCACGAACGGCCGGUACCUCGCGGCCCGGACGGUGGGCGACGAGUGGAUUUGCUACCCCUGGGAGGCGAUGGAUAUCGAUGAGCACGACCGGAAUGCUGCCGCGGCCAAGGCCAAGCAGGAUUCGUGAAUACAAACCAUACAGCAUAAAACAAGCAGAAGGGAGACAAAUCAGGCACACUACAUACAUACGGCGUGUGUGUUGGCCGGGGCAGGCAGAGGUCGGCGCAUCACACGUGCCCUACAGAAGUAUGGGUUGGGUUGUGCAUUCUCCCAAUAAGUAUAGCAGGCACUCGGCGCCUGGUUUGGCAGCAGCGAGCAUUUUUUGACGGAGUUUACUGGCGAGAAGCAUGUUGGCACCAGCGGUUAUUAGCAGGUGAAUGUGAGUGUGAGUUUGGGCAAAGGGAUAGAUAGAGGGCACAUCGAAAUACCCAUAUUCUCUUCAUUUUCUUGCUCCGAGUGACGAGAAUCUAUUAGGUAUAUAUCCCAAUCUCCACUCUAUCAAAGGCCGCCUGAAAGAAGGUAUAAUAAUACAACUGCCAGA